CAUACCGGAAGGAUAUUAUUCCUCGACGAAAAGAGUGCUGAAGUACGGAUGAUGUCUCACCACGACCGGUAUAGCUUUCACGUACACGAACACGAUCACAAAGUUAGGCUUAAUCAGUGGAGGAUCCAGAGAAGUUUUUUGGGCCUCAGGGAACCCCCCCAACCUGAGAAUUUCUUUCAAAAAACCCUGUAUUUUCACCAUUUUCUUCAAUUUUCCCCGACAUGGACGUCAUCGGCCCCCCUGGAAAUUUGGACACUCCCCCGAUAGGUCCCUGGAUCCGCCACUGGGCUUAAAAUUACCAAACAUUACCAAAGGCAUGCACGUAUAACCACACUAGGGCUUUAAGGGAAAUGCUCGGUUUUAGAAAAGAAAACAAGAAUUCGUGGACGGAAUUCACACGGCGGAAUUCGAAUUCAAGGGCGACGUUCGUACUGUCCUGCUAACCUCUCGACCAAUGAAAAUGCACAUAUAUAUAGAACGAGCUCGAAAUUCGCGUCACUUCUUCCCGUGCUGUCAACGCGUCAUGCACUGACAUUUUGAAGCCACAGAUACAGCAGGAGUAUGAACCUCUCCCAUUGAUUAUCAUAACCAACUCUGCCACAGCAUUGAAAAAUCAAUUCAAAAUGCACAUCAUACAAUCAUUUGCAAUGCAAAACUGAAACCUAGAAGAUAAAACAGCAGAAGAACCUGGCCAAUUUUUCUUUACUAUGUCCGACAGUUUUCGGAACAGAAUGAUCGACAUCAACAAUUUGUCUGUCUAUGACAACAGUUCUAUAGCGGAGAGCGCUGGUGGAAAGUUUAAGGAUUUCCGCAAUGUUGCUGACUUUGUUCUUGGUAUCCUAUGUGUGUUACUCAUUCCUUGUAUAUGUUUCGGAAACUUCCUUGUGAUUAUCUCGUUGGUGAAGUUCCGACGGUUACGCACGAUUACCUAUACAUUGGUGGGGAGCUUGUCCGUUGCUGAUUCCUUACUAGCGGUCAUCACCCUUCCAGUUUAUUCACUAUUUUAUUUCAAAUUAACAUUUGUGCAAUCGGUGAAAUAUUUGUGUCUAUUCAAGUUUUCCUCAGUAUGUGCUUCCAUGAGUGCUUCUAUGAUAAACCUGGUUGCCAUUGGUUUCGACAGGUAUGUGGCCAUUUUGCAUCCACUUAAAUACAAGACAAUUUUGACUCACAAGAGAGUGCGGAUUUUUAUCGUGUGUAUGUGGAUCUACAUUGUACCAGUGUGCAUUCUACCUCUUGUCUGGAAUUCAUACGAUGAAAUACAGAUAUGCGACUACUUCAAAAUCCUGCCACUAGCUUACACCUUAUACGCUGCUUUCUUUUCCAUUGGCAUCAGUCUGGUAGUCUCUCUCUACUUGUACAUCAGGAUAUUCCUUGUAGCCAGACAACAGCAGAAGCAAGUACGCAAGGACAGCUUGAGAGGAAACCAUAGAAUAGAUAAACAGAUGGAAAAGGAUACCAAAUCUGCGAAAGUUAUGGCCCUCGUUUUGUUUUUGUUCUACAUAUUCUGGGUACCAUUCACCAUCGUAGGACCGAUUAAAUACAGUGUGAAAAUCGACAACGACUUGUCGGAGACAUUGAAAAACAUAACUUUAUUCCUGGCUAUGAGUAACUCAAUGAUCAACCCGAUCAUAUACUGCUGGCUUCGUAGGGAAUUUCGCGAGGCUUUCCGUUCCAUUUGUUGUAUUCCAUCUUUGCGUAAUGCAGAGUUAUCUUCUCUUGUGAGCAGGUAUUGAUUGUUACGUCAUUGGUUUGUGUGUUUUCUCAAAAAUUGAUGACGUUAUACUCUCGCAAACAGAUGACGUAACAAUCAAUACCUUCUCACAAGAGAAGAUAACUCUGCAAUACGAAAAGACGGAAUAGAUUUGUGUUGCUAUAAUAUCAAAACCAAACGAAAGGAAAUUUUUGGAAAUUCUCUACUGUUUAAUAGCAUAAGUGCAGAGCAGAAAGAGGAAGCAAAACCUUAGACAGCGUAGUGAGAAUUGAUCAUUGUAUUUCAUCUGCUUGUAUUAAUAUUACUGUAAUUUUGGAGACCAAUUUAGGUCUUGUGAUAUAUAUAUAUACAUUUUAUAUAAACAAGGAAGUCCUUGAUGUCUCUCAAGUUACAAUGUUUAGUCCCAUCAUCUGGCUUCAUUAACAAGGAAACCGUUACAUUUCUAUAUAUAGUAUUAUUCGGAAAUAGGAACUACGAUUAUUCCACACAGGAAGUCUAAUCUGAAAGACUGCAGGCCUAGACACAAGAUUUUAGCCAGUUUAGACUCAGUGUAGUAAUGUACUGGUCUUAUAUAGUAUAGUUUUAAUUAUAACAGGAUCAUCAGCUUCAUCGGUGGGCUGGAUAGAGCAGGCCAUUUAUACCAGGAACAAAGCAACUUAAAUUCUAUAGUGCACAAAUUGAGAGUGUUAAUUGUAAGAUGUGUCGAAAGAAUCUGUUAAACUUUGCAUGAUCUGCUUUUGUUUUCGUUAAUAAAAAACUUUACAUUGUUGACGACAUGUCAUG